AUGAACGCUUUUCUAAUAUUUUGUUGUAUUUUAUUUUCGGUUUCUUAUUCAACACCACUACACCCUUGUGUACAAUUGGCAAGCGCAAAAUCAUUUGCUCUUCUAGUUGGUAUAACAAUGACCAAUGCUGGUGCUACAGUUGUUCGUGGUAAUCUUGGUCUUAGUCCCGGUACAUCUGUGACUGCCUUUCCAUCGGGUAUAGUGUCAUCUGGCACACAACAUGUUGUUGAUACGAAUGCAUCACAAGCUCAAGCAGAUUUAGUUGCGGCUUAUAAUCAAGCAUUUCUUGCAGCCAAAACCCAAGAUUUAAGUGGUGUGAAUUUAUGUGCUUUAGUAUUGCAUCCAGGAGUUUAUAAAUUUGAUAGUAGUGCAUUUUUAACUAGUGGCAAUUUAACAUUGACUGGUGGCGGUGUAUACAUAUUCCAAACGAGCAGUACAUUAAUUACAUUUGGCAACAGUAACGUUCUAUUGAAGCGUGGUGCUAAGCCGGGUUGUGUCUUUUGGCAGGUAGGCAGCAGUGCAACACUCGGUAGUGGUACAAAUUUUCAAGGUAAUAUAAUGGCAACAACAUCCAUUACAUUUAAUAGUGGUGCUAAUUUAAAGGAUUCAACUUAUGCGAUUAAUGCAGCUAUUACACUUAUCGGGAAUCAUAUAACUCGACAAGCUGGUUGUACACUUUGCGAACGCUGUCGCCAUCAAUUGUGA